AUGAAAAGAACUCAACAAUCAUUUUUGCAUUUUCAUAAAAAAUCUAAACAGUCCACCGAAUCCGUCGAUGAGACAGUUCCAUCUACAUCGAAUGUUUUACAAGAUGAUGACAUUAUGGCAACACUUGAAACAGAAAAAACAGCUCCAAGUCCACCAGUUAUUUCUCCGGUAAUUGAACCUAGUUUAAAAUGUUUAGAUUCUAAGUUUGAUAUAGGAGGUUAUGUUGAAUGUAAGAAUAAUUUAAGUGACGAAGAGAAAGUUUCAAUUUUGCAAAACGUAUGGACACCCUGUAAUGGGAUUACGCAAUUCAUGUACAACGCUCACAAUAACAAGUACUACUUAUGUAGAAAGCGGCCUCGUCGACCGCACCCAAAAGUGGUCAUAGCUAGAAUAGACGCUUCGGAUCACAACAACUUCCCAAGGGCGCCUACAUGCCACGCGCCGCUCAAUUCAAAGGGCGUCGCCUUCGUAUAUACGUAUAUAUAG